AUGCUCAAAAUAGUGUUUGUGGGCCAGGAGUGUGGGAAGGAAAUUGCCUGGAAGCUAAAAGUGCAGUUAGUCCAAGGGAACACAGUUGAAGAAGUCAUUGAGAGGCUGCUGUCUAUCAAGAAACAUCCAAACAAGCAAAAGCGAGCUGAAAACCGGCUGUCUGGCAGUGCAAAUGGAGGUGUCCAGGCUGAGCUAGAGCCAUGCACACGUGCAGCUCAGAGCACAGCGUGUUCAUCAAACCCCUCCAAGGCAUCAGCACCUCCCUCAGGGCCACCUGCCAACGAAAAGAAGAUCUUGUCCUCCCAGCUCACAGCCUGCUGUGCUUCACCGGAGACAUCUAACCCUCCACCCAACGCUGCUCCUGACCCAGCGCCUCCACCCCCACCACCUUCACCCCCGCCCUCUGGCACUGCAGCCGUGACCCCCACAUCCCCUGUGUUGAAUGCACCUCCAGCCCCUCCCCUCCCUGUAAUCCCACCUCCUCCCCCUCCGUUGCCCACCAUGGGGGGCAUCCCACCCCCUCCACCUCCAUUGCCUGGAUUGGGGGGCAGCCCUCCACCCCCACCUCCAUUGCCUGGCAUGGGGGGCAUCCCACCCCCUCCACCUCCAUUGCCUGGCAUGGGGGACAUCCCUCCACCUCCACCCCUCCUGCCUGGCAUGGCGGGAGAUCAUAUAGAAGCUGUGGUGGUCUCCCAGCUCAGCUGCCCUCUUGGCUUGGGCAGGCCUCCCCGCAAGACAGUGAAGACGCCAACGUUGAGAAUGAAGAAGCUGAACUGGCAGAAGCUGCCCUCCAACGUGGUGAGAGAAAGUCACUCCAUGUGGGCUUCAGUGAGCAGCAGCAGUGAGGAAACUAUAGAGCCCAACUACACAAGCAUAGAGCAGCUGUUUUGCUUUCCACAACCAACCCCCAAGGAGAAAACAGCCACACCGGUGAAGGCAGAACCGAAGGAGAUCACAUUUUUGGACUCCAAGAAAAGUCUCAAUUUGAACAUAUUUUUGAAGCAAUUUAAAUGCUCCAAUGAAGAGGUGGCUGCCAUGCUCCAGAAUGGGGACCGCACCAAGUUCGACGUUGAGGUUCUGAAGCAGUUGCUGAAGCUGCUGCCUGAAAAACAUGAGAUAGAAAACCUGAAGGCCUUCAAAGAAGAGAAAUCAAAGCUUGCAAACGCAGAUCAGUUUUAUCUUCUCCUCCUUCAGAUUCCCAGCUACCAGCUGUGCAUUGAAUGUAUGCUGAUCUGCGAAGAGACCGCUGUUGUGCUGGACAUGAUUCAGCCAAAAGCUGAAGCCAUCCGGAGGGCCUGCGAAGAUCUUCUGAACAGUCAUCGUCUGCCGCUGUUUUGUCAGCUGAUUCUCAAAGUUGGAAACUUCCUGAACUAUGGAAGUCACACAGGCGAUGCUGAUGGGUUUAAAAUCAGCACUUUACUCAAACUAACAGAAACCAAAGCAAACCAAACCCGCAUUACGCUGCUCCACCAUAUACUGGAGGAAGUAGAAAACAGCCACAUGGACCUACUGGAACUGCCAAAGGAUCUUGAAUAUGUUUCAAAAGCAGCAGGAAUUAAUCUUGACAUUAUACGGAUGGAGUCCAGCACCAAUUUAAAGAAGUUGCUGGAGCUUCAGCAAAAAGUCUUAUCAUCAAACGAUGGUGUGAAACAACAGUAUGAGAAACCUAUCCAGGAAAACAAGGACAGAAAGGAGCAAGCUGCCAAAGCAGAGAAGAGGAGGAAACAGCUGGAAGAGGAAGAGGCGAAGAGGCAGAAGGGCGAAAAUGGAAAAGUCAUUAAGAAGGGGGUGGUGAAGCAGGAGGAGGUGUGCGUCAUCGAUGCACUGCUGGCUGACAUAAGGAAAGGGUUCACGCUGAGAAAGACAAAGAACAGACAUGAGUUGGAUGCAAUUCCUAAAACCUUGCCUGCAGAGAGCCCGGAGGAGACCCAGUCUGGAAAGAGCAUGAAGGAUCCACAAGCAGCAGGAAAGCAGAUUGAUGAUAAGACCAAGCAAAACAACAAUGGUCAUCCCUCAGAAAGCACCUCUUCUUCAACCACUGCCCUGAUGGAGAUGGGUGGAGAUGUUACAAAUGCCCCAGCUUCAAACCAGGUGUUAUUUAAAACCAAUGCUGGAGGAAAUUUGCCACCAGAGUCCCAGACGGAAAGCCCCUUGGUAAGCUUGGUGGAAGCUGAUGGGGCCAGUGACCCCAUGCCGGGCGCCGGGGUGGAGCAGGCAGGGAUCUGGACAAGCCUCCAGCCGAGAACAACAAGCGGCUCCGUUGCUUUCUCUGCUGCUAACAUAGGCACAGGGAUAAGAUUUGCAAGCCUCAGUUCGGGCACUGCUCUGAGAGACCAACUCAAUGGAUCCAUCUCAGAAGGCCAGGACAAGGAAUGCCCAGCUGAUGGCUCGGAGAGCUACAGCCUGGCACAGGAACCAGAAACCCGGCCGAGCGAGACCAGAGUCGACCCCAGCAGUGCUCAGGCCGCUCCCUGUGAUGAGGCUCAUCGGGCGGAGUCAAAAGAGAUGGCAAAGGAAAAUGAAGACCCUGGUACAGACUCGCUGUUGGACACCUCUCAAGAGAAGUCGUUCUCGGAGGAGCCAGCCACCGACUCCUCUUGUUCGGCAGCGCUCCCGCCGGGGCAAGCCCACAUGGACAGGGAAAAGCAGAGACCAUCUGGGAAACGGAGGAAGAAGAAGAGGCACAGCAAAAGCUACUCAGAAAGCCGGUCCAUGUGGGCUGUGAUGCCAAGCAGCAGCAAGGAGCUCAUAGAGCCUGACUACGCAAGCUUGGAGCUACUUUUCUGUGUCCCAUCAAUAGCACCUAAGGAGAAAACUGGGCCAAAAAUAAAGAAAUCAAAAGAGAUCACAUUUAUACGUCCGAAGAAAAGUCUCCUUCUGAGUAUAUUUCUGAAGCAAUUUAAGUGCUCCAACGAAGAGAUUGCUGCCAUGAUUCAGAAAGGGGAUAGAUCCAAGCUGGAUGCUGAGAUACUGAAGCAGUUACUUAAACUGCUGCCUGAAGACCAUGAGAUAAAUGGCCUCAAAUCUUACAAAGCAGACAAAUCAGAACUAGCGAAUACAGACCAGUUUUACCUCCAACUCUUGGAAGUUCCUAGCUACCAGUUGCGGAUUGAAUGCAUGCUGAUUUGUGAGGAAACAAAAAUUCUGCUGGAGUGUCUGUGGCCAAAGGCACAAGCCGUCAGGACAGCCUGUGAAAUACUUCUUACCAGUCACCGACUGCCAGUUUUCUGCCAAUUGAUUCUUAAAGUUGGAAACUUUCUGAACUAUGAGGUUGAAAAAACCCACACGGAUCUGCUGCAGCUUCCCAGAGAUCUUGACUUUGUUUCCAAGGCAGCAGGAAUCCACUUUGACGUUAUGCAGGCUGAGGCAGGUGCCAAUUUGAAGAAACUGUUGGAAAUAGAGAAGCGUUUAUUUUUGUCGACAGACGAUUUAAAAAUACAGCAUGCAAAAUCUAUUCAAGGCAGUCUCGAUGCUUCAAAGGACCUGCAGAAGGAGUUUGCCACCAUUGAAAGGAAGAAGGAAGAACUUGCUGAUUAUCUUUGUGAAGACCGAAAAAAAUUGUCUUUGGAAGACGUAUUUAGCACAAUGAAAACCUUCAGAGAGCUCUUCCUCAAGGCCUUACAGGGUGGGAAUAAUGCAGGCCAUACUGUGGUGGUUGAUGGAAAAGAAUAUGAUUUUCACCUAUUCCCUAGUGGCAUCAUUAAUCCAAAGGCAAUUUCUUUUAUUGGUAAUGGAGUGGUUAUACAUUUACCAGGCCUGUUCGAAGAAGCUGAAAAGAAUGAAAAGAAAGGUUUAAAAGAUUGGGAGAAAAGACUGAUUAUAUCCGAUAGAGCACAUAUAGUGUUUGACUUUCACCAGGCAGUGGAUGGGCUCCAGGAAGUGCAACGUCAAGCACAAGAAGGAAAAAAUAUUGGCACAACAAAGAAGGGGAUUGGACCAACAUAUUCUUCCAAAGCUGCACGAACAGGCCUUCGAAUUUGUGACCUCCUUUCUGACUUUGAUGAAUUUUCUUCAAGAUUUAAAAAUCUGGCACAACAGUACAAGUCAAUGUUUCCUACAUUGGACAUAGAUAUAGAAGGCCAAUUGAAAAAGCUAAAGGGAUAUGCUGAAAAAAUAAGACCCAUGGUUCGAGAUGGUGUGUAUUUUAUGUAUGAAGCUCUUCAUGGCUCUCCAAAGAAGAUCCUUGUUGAAGGAGCCAAUGCAGCAUUACUUGAUAUUGACUUUGGCACGUAUCCUUUCGUGACUUCAUCAAACUGCACCGUAGGUGGUGUAUGCACCGGGCUUGGUGUUCCUCCCCAGCAUGUCGGUGAUGUGUAUGGCGUGGUGAAAGCAUAUACUACUCGGGUGGGAAUUGGAGCCUUCCCCACUGAGCAGAUUAACGAAAUUGGAGAUCUGUUACAGUCCCGUGGCCACGAAUGGGGAGUAACUACAGGCAGGAAGAGACGCUGUGGCUGGUUAGAUCUUGUCAUUUUGAAAUAUGCUCAUAUGAUCAACGGAUUCACUGCUUUGGCCUUAACAAAACUGGAUAUUCUUGAUGUCCUUGAUGAAAUUAAAAUUGGUGUUGCUUACAAAUUGGGUGGAAAAAGAAUUCCCUAUUUUCCAGCUAAUCAGGAGAUACUACAGAAGGUGGAAGUAGAGUAUGAAACAAUGCCUGGAUGGAAGACUGACACAACCAGUGCACGAAAAUGGGAGGACCUCCCACCCAAGGCCCAGAAUUACAUCCGAUGUGUGGAGAACCAUGUUGGAGUGCCAGUUAAAUGGGUCGGAGUUGGAAAAUCAAGGGAGUCGAUGAUCCAGCUAUUUUAAACAAAUGAAGACCUUCAGUGGUGAGAAGCACAAUUUAGCGUUCAUCUGUUCCUUACUGCUUCCUCUUUAAAUGGAGAUGCUGUUUAAAACCAACAUGUUCUUCUAGGAAUUGAAUAGAAACAAAACAUAUAUUCUGUAUUGUAACACUUUGUUUAUCUUCAAGUUCUCAGUAAAUUCGGUGUAAAAUCUC